GCCGUUAACAAAUUAAAAGGAACAAAACACCGAGAAAAGGAGCACUCAACACUGCUACAGAACUUGCGGUGAAGACUCGUUUCGAACUCUCCCUAGUCAGCCGUAUUGAGCAAGAAACGAGGUGAAACAACAGAAAAAACCAACGGAACAAGGCAACAAGAAUAAUGGACGUAAAAUCACUAGCAAAAUCGAAGAGAUCUCACACUCAACAUCAUCAACCCAGAAAAUCCUAUCAUCAUCCUUCCAAGAAUACUUCAUCUUCUUCUUCAAUUUCGAAUUCUGCAACUUCUAAAGAUGGUAAAGAUAAGAAGAGGACUACUCAACCAUCACCGCCUUCACUCCCUUCCAAUUGGGACCGAUACGAUGAUGAAAUUGAAGAAGAUAAGAUUGUCUUUGAAUCGGAUGAUGUGGUUAAACCCAAAAGUAAAGGUGCCGAUUUCAGUGAAUUGAUUGCGCAAGCUAAGGAGGCUCCCUCUUAUUUUUCCAAUUCUUUUGAUGAUAGAAUGCCUGAGUUUUGUCAGGGAGUGGCACCAAUGCUUGCUGUUAGGGGGGAGAAGAUUAUUUUACAGAAUAGGGAUGAUGAUUUCCUCAUGCAGGAUGAAGCAAUUGGCACUAAAGAGAUACCAUCUUUGACUUUAGAUCUAAAAGAUCUUGCAGAGCGGCUAUCAAAAGUAGACUUAGCAAAAAGACUCUUUGUGGAAUCAGAUCUUUUUCCUCCAGAGUUGCAUCACCAAGAUGCGAGAAAAGCUGAUAAUCAGGCGCCUUUACAUACAUCUGAGAGACGGAAGAUUGAAAAAAUUGACAGUUUUGGUGAGUUACUAGCUCUUUAUUUGGAAGAGGAACGAAUGGCUAAGAGUCAAGAUGUAGAGAAAGAUGGUAAUAUGCCUUCAUCAAAUAUUACCAGCCACCAUGAUCCAGAUCCAAAAUCAAAAUCAGAUUCUAAAGGUGAUGUAACAUUGAGCCAAUUGGAUGACAUGGAUUUUCUUGAUGAUAGGGAAAAUGUACAACCUGAUCAUGGUAGCAAGAAACGUGCAGAGAGCAAAUUAGAUGAGGUAGGGCAGGUUAGUCAUGUAACUAAGCAAGUUACAAAUAGCAAAUUGGACGACUUGGAAUUUCUGGAUGAGAAAGAAAAGCCUGAGGUCAGUCAUGUAACGGAGCAAGAAAUAAGGCCGUUAUCAAGAUUUGAAGCUGCUUCUGCAGAAGCAGAGCUUGACAUGCUUCUUGGAUCAUUUAACGAGACAAAGAUUUUUGAUACUCCUUUAAAUCAACCAGGAACCUCUGCAUCAUAUAUGACGGGACAUAAAGCUAAUCCUUUAGCUCCAGUACAACAUUCAUUGGGUCAAUCUGCACUUGCAUUUCCCAUCAUCAGUAGUCUCGAUAAUGAGCUUGAUGACCUCCUUGCAGAAACAUCUAACCCGAGCAAUACAGAUAGUCUUUUCCGACCCACCCAGGUUCCCUCAUCAUCUAUAUCCCAAUCGGGUUCCAAUUCCAAGGUUCUGGAAGAUUUUGAUUCUUGGCUGGAUACUAUAUAAUUGUAAUAUCUGAAUCCCUGUCUGUAUUCUAGAUGUGUAUUGUACAUGUUUGUCAAAGUCUAUACUUUCUUCCUUUAUUUUUCUUCUUGAUAGAUAUUGUAGUUGACUGAACUAACUAAUUAGCACUCUUCUAUAAUCACUGCUCUUGGCUUUCGACAGGUGGAAACAUUGACAAUUCUGAAACUUGUCAAUAAUAGCUGUUUUCAUCUGAAAUUUCUUCUGGAAGAGUUGAAUAAUCAACAGUAUAGCAACUGCCUUUGACAGCAAGAGUUGCAUUCAUGCAUUAGGUAGUAUGGUCAUCACCCGGUUACUGGAGCGGGGCUGGUGGGUGUAUUAUGGCUGGCUUCAAACCAUUGCGGGGGGGGGGGGGGG